AAAUAGAUAUUUUGAAAAACCAUAUCAAAGAAGAAUUAGAUUAGCAUUUGAACGUUGUAAAUCUAUAUAUAAUUUUGAUAUGGAACGAAAAAUAAAAUUCGUUAUGCGUAAAAAUCGUGUUUUUCCUUGGAUAAACUAAAUUGGUCAUAUUUAUGAAUAAUUUAAAAGCUAUUUCAACUCCAUUAUUACGACCAAUUUUUAAUAAUGGAGUUCGAACCUGGGCAAUUUAUCCUCCUAUAGAUAUUGACUUAAAACAUCCAGAUGAUAAAAGAAACAUUUUCCAAAGACACACCUUACCUUUCAAUACAAUUAAUCCAAAUUCUGAUUAUACAGAAAAAAAUACUGAAGACAUAAUAAGAGAUGCAUCUGGUCUUAAACCUCAUCUUAAGAGAAAACUUUUUAUGCAUAAAACAAUUCCUCCCUUAAGAUAUAGUUGGCAAUUAAGAAGAAAUUAUAAUUGUAGUUUAUAUGCAAAUUUUGGCCAAAUCUCAAAUGUAAAUCCAUCAAUUUGUUGGCCAACUUCUAAGGAAGUUGUUCAAAAAAUUGAAGUUGAAAAGGAAUGGGAAAAGCCUUUGUCCAAAUUAUUAAAUGAAUUAUACAAUGAAAAACAAGAAAUGAAAGAAAAAAAUAAAAUACGUUUAGAAAAAAUAACUCUCAAUAUGGCAAAAAUGGAUAAAAUGAUUAAAGAUUUUAAAGACAAAAAUAAAACUGAUUUAGAAACUCAGUUGACAUCUAAAAAGAAAAAGGAUAAUGAACUACUGGAAGAUGCCAGAGAAUAUUUUGGUUAUAGGAUUAGUGCAUCUGAUCCUAAAUAUAAAACAUUUAUUGGAGAAAGGGAAGUCCAUCGUAAGAAAGCCCAAAGAUUGGCUAAAAAACAGGAUAAAGAAACCAAAAAAAUAGCAGCUUUUACAGACAAAACAUAAUAUUUAUAAAAAUUUGAUAAAUUAAAGAUUUAUUUCAAAUUAUUUGGCAAAUCUCCAUUCUUAUAUUAUAAUAUUAAUUAUUUAAAAACUUAUUAUAAUUUAAAAGAGUGGGUGUACAUAUAAUCUUUACAUCUAAAUCUGAGUGGUUAAUACAUUUAACCCUAUGAGUUGAAUAAAUUCAUAAUAUUUAUUAUCAUUUAUUAUAAUUCAUUAUAAAACUAACAUGUCAAUAUAACAACAAUUUUUACUUUUAACACUUUAUUACUCUGUAUAUUUCUAAAUUUAAUUGAUUAGAUAUUAGUAUAUUUUUUAUUUUAUAAUUUGCAAAAUUUGAAAAAUAUAUUA